UUCAGGGCUUGAUUCCUUGGUGAUUCCAGUUGAUUUUGAAUACAUAUCCACUCAUGCAGAGUCCAAAGCUAAAAAAGAAAAUUGCACACAGGCAGGUGACCUUAAUGUGACAGCGAGGCAAUUCCUGGAUGCUGAAAGCAGUUUAGCAGCAGCAUUUGGUGGCCAAUAUAAAAGAUGGACUGAAUUGAGGAACCAGUUGAAGAUUGGGCAUGAAGAUCUGGCAAAACUUCUUCUUGACAGCUACCAUGUGUGUUCUUGCAGAUGUGAAAGAGAAGAUCUUGGUGUCAGAGAAGAGGAUGAGUCACUUUUAGGUGAUGUCACUGGUCAAGACAUGGCUACCACCAGGGGGAAGCAGCAGUCAAUCCAGAAUAAAACAAAAGCACACAACCAGAAUGUAAACAUUGGUGUAGCUGAUAUUGCAGAUAACAAUUCUGAUAAUGAAGAAUGUUUUGAUGAGGAUAAAGAGGACAACUGGCCAGUUCUCCAUAUAAAAAACAAACCCACGAGUACGAAAAGCAUUUCUGCCAAUGAGUUAUGUGUGGAAAAGGAUGAUGAGAGAGAAUCCAAUGCUGGAAAGAGGACAAGUCUCCAUGCAGAUGUGAAGGGGGUAUAUAUCUACAUAAAAACCAAGAAGAAUGAAAAUGAUGAUGAGAUAUACAAUCCUGGUGAAAAUGUCCCAUUCCAAGGUGUUUCAAAGGAUUCAUUAAGGGAAAGUAAAAAAACCAUACAUGAUGGGAUACUAAACAUAGAGGAUAUUAUUAAGAAGAUGAAACAAAAUAAGAAAGAUAAAGUUAAAGAUAAGGAAAAGACACAGCAUUUCUGUCAAUUCUGUGGAAUUGUCUACAAAUCAUACAAGUCAUGUGUUAAACAUGAACAAAAACAUAUAAAUCAAAAAGUGAUCACUAAACUGAAAAAAACACGAACAGAAAAGCGAGACUUUAUGUGUAUGUAUUGUGGUCAUACAUUUGCAACAAACUUGGCCUGUGAAGAGCACGAGAGAAUUCAUACGGGGGAAAGACCUUACAAAUGUCAGUUCUGUGAUAAGUCAUUUUACAUGGCUAGGAGUAAAGUGAGACAUGAAAACAUUCACACAAAUGAAAAGGUUUACUUGUGUUACUUUUGUGGCAAGAUAUUUAAUUCCAGGUCAAGUAAAGCAGAACAUGAGACUAUUCACACUGGAGAAAAACCAUAUAAGUGUCAGUUCUGCCAGAAAGCAUUCAGAAAUAGAUGUGAUGUGAAAGUCCAUGAGAGGAUUCACACAGGAGUAAAACCAUACAAGUGUCAGUUUUGUGAAAAAUCAUUUAAGCAAAAAAAUAAGCGCAAAAGCCACGAGCGAGUUCACACUGGAGAGAGACCAUACAAGUGUCGGUACUGUGAAAAGGCCUUUUCACACAAUGUCAACCGCACACUGCAUGAAAAAAAACACAGCUCACAUAACUUACUCUUAGCGUACUGUGCUAUAAGUGAUUCUGCGCUUUUUAAAAAAUACGAGUGCACUAUCGGAGACGAGUUGAUUCCCGUGUCAUCACUGACAAGGCCACGGUUCAGUGUUCAGUGUAUUCCUGAACUUGAGGAGACCAAACACUUGCAUAUCUACUGUGGAAUGAGAGAGAUGGACCAGUUUAAAGAAGAUAUCAGUAAUUACAGUGAAGAAGAGGAUGUCAAGCCAGUAGUGGACCCCAUAGGUGUCCUAGAGGCCCAGGAAGCCAUCCCAAAUAACAUUUGUGAAAGACCUGUGAAGAAACCGAGAAGAGGGAGGGCCAGUGUAUUUACCUUAGAGGAGCAGAAGGAGAAGAAGAAAAUAGCAAACAAGGAAAGACACAGGAGGACAAUAUUUCUUGGCAAACAGGUGGAAAGAUGGGAAGCUUUGAAAGAGGAACUGCAACCCAAAUCAAACGAACAUCUGGCCAAACAUCUCAUCGACACAUACCACAAAUAUGUAAAACUUGUGUCCCAACAAAAUACAGAGGCUGAUUGCGCAGAUGAUUUGCUCAAUUCAAAACAGCCAUCAAGGAGGAGAAAAAAUGCAUCACCCCGUAGACUGAACUCAGUUUCAAGUGUGCACUCGGGAGGGAAGCAAGCCUCAGAACUUGACCUUAAAAGUCAAACCAAAGCAGAGGACAAAUCAUAUGUAUUUGGAUAUAGUGAUGAAAAACUCCCCAUGGCAAACACUCCUGGAGCCUUUGUGAACCUUGGAGGAAAAACUGAAGGAAAAACAACAGAAAUAAAAGGUGAAAAGGACAAAGUGGGGUUUAGCAGUUUAAAUCAAUGUCAGUCAUUUGAUGAUGGUAAAGUUUCUGACUUGGAAGAAUUUAACAAUGAUGACGCUGAGUUAGCUGAUGAUGAUGAUUCUGAGACAUCAAGUGAUGAAAGUGAUAAUGAACAAGAAGAUGAUGAUGAUGAUGAUGUUUAUGAACCUGGAGAUGAUGAUUAUGAACCAGGCACUUAUAAAUGUGAAUUCUGUGGUAAACAAAUUCCCAGGUCAUCCUUUGCACGUCAUAAAAAAACUCACAAGAAUGAUGGAAAUCUUCAGUGCAAGGUUUGUGGAUGUGAUUUCACUACUAAAGAAGAGUUGAAGAAUCAUGAACAUAAGAAAGAAUUGGCACAUGUUUGUCAGUUUUGUGGGAAAUUAUUUAAGCAGUACUUCAUGUGUGUGAAACAUGAAGGGGAACACAAACAAAGUGAAGUUGUAGAGAAAGAGGUAGAGAAACCCUUCACCUGUGAAACUUGUGGGAGGUGUUUCCAGCUCAUCGGACAUUUGCGACAUCAUCAGAGAAGUCACAGAGUUAAAGAUUUAUUCCAAUGUCAGUAUUGUAUAAAAACGUAUAAAAACAAGGAUUGCUUGGUUGUGCAUGAGAGGACGCACACUGGAGAGAAUCCCUUUGUUUGCCAGCACUGUGGUAAGGGCUUUGCACAAAAAAUUCGCUGUCAACAACAUGAAAGGAGUCACACAGGAGAACGACCAUAUAAAUGUCGAUACUGUGAAAAGACAUUUGCAACAUUAAAUGUUCGAUAUUUUCAUGAAAAGACUCACAGUGGUGAAAAACCCCACCACUGCAAGAUCUGCUUCAAGGGAUUCACUCUUAAAAGACAAUGUAGACGACAUGAAUUAAUUCACACUGGAGAAAAACCUUUUAAGUGCGGUUAUUGUGAGAAAACUUUUGUGCAAAAAGGUGCAUGUGUCAGUCAUGAGAGGGUUCACACAGGAGUUAAACCAUACAAGUGUCGCUUCUGUGGCCAAGGCUUUUCACACAAUGUGAGUCGUAAAUCACAUGAAAAAACACAUACUGCAGCUGGUCAGAUGGUGACCAAGGAGAAAGCUGCCCAAAGAAAACCAUGCACAGCAACAGGGCAGACUGUGUCUGCUGAGUCCAUGAUGCAGGAAAAUAAUUGCACUCAAGUGGGAGAACUGCCAUUGACUGAAGGAAUGCCCCAGCGGCCUGGUGUGAGUGGACCUUCUGCUGGGCAGUUCAUGACACUGGACAGAAUGACACCUGGAAAUACGCAACCUUCAUUUGGACAACCAGGGUCAGUUGAACGUACAAUGUAUCAAUAUUACGGAAUAUCACCAGUUCUUGCAUGGACAGUGUAUUUAAUGUAUUCAGUAAUUGAGAAUAUUCAGUGUCUGUUUUCGAGUUACAAUCAAAGUAGGCAGGUCCUCAUUUGUAAAGUCAGCGGGAAGAAAAUGGAUGGGCCUCAAGUUAAUCAGUUAGUCAGCCCUCAGAGUGACAGACCUGUGAAGCCCAAACAAAAAAGAAACAGACGAAAGCUUGUUCCCAUUGAAGUUCAAAAGGCCAGAAAGUUAGAAAAAGACAGACAAAGGAGCAGAGAGACGGUUCAUAUUGGCAGGCAAAUAGAGAGAUGGAAUGCUCUGAGGAAGGAGCUACAAAUAAAACAUGAAGUGUUGGCAGAGAUUCUCUUAGAUUUGUAUUUCAAACAUGCUGGCCCUAAGACUGAAAUUGAUGACACCAGAGGUCAGUAUGAGUCAGGACAGGACAAUGGAUAUAAUACUCCAGAGUCAUUUUAUACAGAUCAUCUUCAUGUUUCAUGGGAUAAUCCCGAUCAAGGACAGACAUAUUUUUCAGACCUUUUCAAUGUUUCUGCAGGUCAAGAUCCAGAUAGAAAGAUGCAUAAACAAAUUGUCAGCCAAGAUGAAAAAAGUGGAAAGUAUUUUGAGGAGGAUGAUAUAGACAAGGGAGGUACUGAUGUCCAAGAAAAAGAAGAUGAUGAUGAUCUUUCUGUACCAAGUGAUGAAGAUAUUGAGACAGAUGAGUUUAGCAAAGUUGCUGAGGAAAGUGAUGAUCUUUAUGUUCCAAGUGAUGAAGAUCUUGAGACAGAUGAUGAAGAGUUUAGUGAAGGAUAUAAUUUCUAUGAACCUGGAGACAAAGAAUAUCAACAAGGAAAACGAAAAUGCCAAAAAUGUGGCAAGUUUAUCUGUAAGUCAGGAUUUAAGAGACAUCAAAAAGUGCAUGAAAAGGACAGAAAGAUGGAGUGCAAAUUCUGUGGCAGUUGUUUUGAAAGUGUGGAGGAAUUCAGUGCACACAACCAUGAAACUGUGCCCAAGCAUGAAUGUCAGUUCUGUGGAAAAAAUUUUAAACUGUACAAAAAAUUUAAUAAACAUGUAAAAACAUGCCAAGAAACCAGAGAAAAUGGAGAAGUGAAAGAAUCUUGCACUUGCAAGUUUUGUGGUAAAAAAUAUUUGUGUGAAUCAAGCUGCAGGAAACACGAGAAAACUCACAAGACAGGACCUUUUUAUUGCCAGUACUGUAAGAAAGAAUUUGAGUUUAAACGUGUUGCUAAAGCACAUGAAAGAACUCAUGCAGAAGCAAAAAAAUACAUUUGCAAAUAUUGUGGGAAAAAAUUUGCCAUAAAAUAUUGUUGUCAGGUACAUGAAAGAUCACACACAGCAGAUAAAACAAAGGAAACGCAGAAUAAAAAUUCAUUGUUAUGCCAUUUUUGUGGCAAAGGUUUUGCAGCAAGUUUUAUGUUGCAGUUACAUAUAAGAAGUCACACGGGAGAAAAACCUUUCAAAUGCCAAACCUGCUUUAAAUCAUUUUCUGAUAACAGAAGACUUAAGCGACAUAUGUUAAUUCACACAGGUGAAAAACCAUAUCAGUGCAAGUUCUGUGAGAAGAGAUUUGUACAACAAGGUGCUUGUGUGAGCCAUAUGAGAGUUCACACAGGAGAGAAACCUUACAAAUGUCACUACUGUGAGAAAGCUUUUUCACAUAAUGUCAGUCGUAAGGCACACGAAAAAUCUCAUGAAGACAUGUAAACUGAAAAUAAAACUAUAUUGGUUUAAUUCUUAUA